AGUUAUCACAUGCACGUAACAGCUAAGUUGUCACACAAGAACCCUACCACUGAGCUGUGUCCCCAGCCCUCUGUGUGAUUUCAUAAUGAGAAACUCAGGUGUUUCCCAACUGAGCUCCCUCAGAGUCUCUGUUGGAUUCUUUAGGAACCUAUCCUUGGGUGUCGGAUGGCUCUGUUCAUGUACUACACACACUUCUUCCUUCUUGGGGCUUGCAGUCUAAGACACUGUCACCAAGAUAGCAGCGUCCUUUCUCUUCUAUGUACUGGGCCUAAAAUUGGAAGCUCUAUUUUUAUACAACAUCUCCUAGAAAAGUCACCAGUGUUGCUAUUCUCUUGCUACCCCAAAUAUCCUAAGUGGGCCUGGGGGUGGGGAGAACAGGAGUCGGCUGUUUCACAUGGCCAAGCAGAAUGUGUGGGCCUGCCUGCCAGCCAGUGGAGGUGGAAUCUGCUCUUUGCUUCUUGGCAAGUUGGCUGGCUCCUCUAACUGAUGGCAUGUUGAAGUACACGGGCCAGCAGCAGCGAGGGCAUCUGAUCCAGAGGGGGCCACUCUAGAGGCCAGGCCAUCACCACCAUGGGCCAGUGUGUCACCAAGUGCAAGAAUCCUUCAUCAACCUUGGGCAGCAAAAAUGGAGACCGGGACCCCAGCAGUAAGUCACACAGCAGGCGCGGAGCUGGCCACCGUGAGGAACAGGUGCCACCUUGUGGCAAACCAGCUGGGGAUAUCCUUGUCAAUGGGACCAAGAAAGCAGAGGCUGCUGCUGAGGCCUGCCAGCUGCCAACAUCUUCUGGAGAUGCUGGGAGGGAGUCCAAGACCAAUGCUGAGGAGUCUUCCUUGCAGAGGUUGGAAGAACUAUUCAGGCGCUACAAGGACGAGCGGGAGGAUGCAAUCUUGGAGGAAGGCAUGGAGCGCUUUUGCAAUGACCUAUGUGUUGAUCCUACGGAAUUUCGAGUGCUGCUCUUGGCCUGGAAGUUCCAGGCUGCUACCAUGUGCAAAUUCACCAGGAAGGAGUUUUUUGAUGGCUGUAAAGCAAUAAGUGCAGACAGCAUUGAUGGGAUCUGUGCACGGUUCCCUAGCCUCUUAACAGAAGCCAAACAAGAAGAUAAAUUCAAGGAUCUCUACCGGUUUACAUUUCAGUUUGGCCUGGACUCUGAAGAAGGGCAGCGGUCACUGCAUCGUGAAAUAGCCAUCGCCCUGUGGAAACUAGUAUUUACCCAGAACAAUCCUCCUGUAUUGGACCAGUGGCUAAAUUUCCUAACAGAGAACCCCUCGGGAAUCAAGGGCAUCUCCCGGGACACUUGGAACAUGUUUCUUAACUUCACUCAGGUGAUUGGCCCCGACCUCAGCAACUACAGCGAAGAUGAGGCCUGGCCGAGUCUCUUUGACACCUUUGUGGAGUGGGAGAUGGAGCGAAGGAAAAGAGAAGCAGAAGGGAGAGGUGCACUCAGCUCAGGGCCCGAGGGUUUGUGUCCAGAGGAGCAGCACUGAGGAUCUGCCUGCUGCCCUGCAACCAAGUGAGGCAUUGGACCUUUCUGGAAAUUACUGAAGAUCCGGAUAUUUUCUACUUUACACCUUUCUCUGCCUUGUAUUUGAAAGGGCUCUAAAAUGCUGUAUCAUGUUUUAGGCACUUUCUUCAUUUUUUUGGUUAUUUUGGUUAUUUCUUUUUUGGGCGGGAAAUCCCCCAAAAUAUUUGAACCUGGCUACAUGUUGUGUACCUUUUUUUGAAGCCUUCAGAUAGAAUAAGCCUGCCAUUUCUUGCACAAAUUUAUUAGAUUUGUUUUGUUUUUGUCGGGGAGGGUUUAGGCCCGGGUGGGGAAGUGGGACUGUUAGGUUGAAUUAACAUUACAAAAUGAUACAGUGCCAGAUCUCAGUUUUGCAUAUUAUUUUUCAGGGCAGGUCUGUACUGUGUGUAGUGCUGUUUACAUGGUUGAAUUUAGGUUGUAAUAAUUAUUUUAAAAAAUUUACAGAUAUGAAUAGCAGUGUUAACUGUUAGCCACAUUGCAUUAAUUUCCAGACAGUUGGGAGCUCUUGGAGAGCCAGGGCCAAGGCUAGUCAAGAGCAUUUGCAGUCUGACGCCCCACCCCAUCCCUUUAAGCUAAUUUAUCCAAAGCCCUUACCUCCCUCACUUCUUGCUCAUUCCUUCUUUGACCUAUUGCAUUUCAUGUUUAAUUUAUCCAUCACCAUGCUGUACCUGUCAGUCAAGUGAGCAGUUUUGUUUUGUUAGAACACAUUGUACUGAAAACCACUUAAGCGUUGAAUGCAGAGAAAGCAGUGCUACCUCAGUUUUGCUGGAAGUAGACUUCUUUGAUAGUUUCCUUUGAUGUUUUUGUAUUUUCAUGUCAUAAGUGGAAAUACUGUUUUGUUUUGUUUUUUUCUUUUUCUUUUUCAUUUGCCUUGGAGCCAAAGUUUCCGUUCCGGGUGGUGAGAAAAGUGUGCCUGCCGGCCAGCUGACCUAAAAGAAAGCUAUGGCAUGGAACUCUGCUUCAAACUGUUUUGUUUUUUUUUCUUCUUUAGUUUUUGUUGAGUAUCAUCAGCUUACUUGUCUGGCAAGUACAGAAGCCUGAGGCUGGCCUGAACUCUGCCAAACAAAUUAUCCGAGUGUAUUGAAUCAUUAAAUGUGUGCCCUCUCCCUCUUUGCUGCGCCCACGUUGUCACUUAACCCCCAGGAGUUAUUUAUUCUCUUUUUGUUAAUGUCAGGCUCAUUUGGGGUAAUGUGAUGACUGUUUAGGUUUACAUGACCCUCCUCUUCUUCCCUUACCCCAGGUAUGUAUAUAUACAUAUAUAAGAUAUGUAUAUAUUUUACCUUUAUAAAAUAUAUAUAUAUACACAUAUAUGUAUCUAUAUUCCUUUAUUUGUCUGCUAAAACUGGCCAUAAGAGGGAGCUGCCUUUGAUCUGUAGUUUAAGAAGAUGCCAGGGAGUGUCAUAAAUGGAGGCUAUUGUAUAUGAAUUUGGACAUUUUCACUAAAGAGAACUUGAAUGGAUUUGCUUGCAGGAAGGAGGAACCAGUUCUCUAGACUCUGCAUGUUCACUCUGCAAGGCCAGUUUUGGUCAAGCUGCCACCAGGGCCUGAGGAGCUGACUCUGUCCUACCUAGUUCCACUAGAGGACCCUCUUGAUAAUUUCCCAUUAAGAAAUAUCCUCAAAAAAUUGUACUGGAAGGUGGGUGGCAGGAGCUUGUACAGUUCAGCUUCCAACACUUCGGAACAGAUUAAAAAGGGAAUCUUUUAAUAAAAGUUACAAAAAUAUUUAUACUCUUGAUACAAUGAAAAAUGUCUAUUAAAUAUUUGGAAUUUUCUCCCUUAAUUAGUCAACCCUGAAUCCUGGGUAUAUGUUUCUCGCCAUGGGCAAGAGUUGCAUGCUUUGAGUUCUUUGAGUCUUACAGCUCUGGGCUCCUAUCUUUAUAAAGAUGAUUAUUUAAGGAGAUGACAGUCCUAUUUCCUAAAAUUGGUAUUGACACGGAGCAUUUUUGUAGGCCUGACAAUUGUCCUUUCUUGAGGGACAGAUGAGAAACCUGAAAGUCAGCCACAGACUUAAGAUAGUGUGCUGGAGGCCGAAGAGGCUGUUGGGCCAGAUGUGCUCCUUUCUUCUAGCCAUAGUAAGACAAAGUCCUUGAGUAAGUAUCCAGGGGCCCAGCACUUUCCCAGGGCACAGCUACACUGCAGCCUUUGGAGAAGAUCUCAUCCAGCCAGUUGUUCCUAAUUCUGAAUUAGGUAGAAGUCCAAUGAGGGAAGAAGUAGUGGAGUGUUCUAGGGGAGACUUUCUGUCCCAGAUAAGAAAGGGUGUAUGUGGCAGGGAAGUGCCAAGAGAGGGAGGCAGCCAAGGGCCCCAUGGACUCAAGGAACUAGAUUCCUUCCCCACUGGGUAGAUUUUAACUGAUUGCUCAGUUUCUCCAACUCCAGUCAUUUAGAAAUUAUUUGUGAUUGUAUUUUUAAUGACCUGUUGUUGAGAAACCAGAGAAAGGAACAGUUAGGGACUUGGGCUUCUCUGUGCAGUAGGUUUUUGUUUGUUUUGCCAAGAGAUUUCACAGUGAGGUGUAAGGGUUGUAGUUAACACUUCACUCAACCUCAGAUAGGCUUGCUUCAGCAAUGGCUGGAGGCCAAAUGUUUGCCCCUCAGGUAAGCCAGCUUUGUGACACUGGGGUGAUGUAGGGAAGUGCGAUAUAUGGGUGCCAUUUUGGAAUUCUGCAACAUCUAAGCAUUACUACACAGAAUCUGUUGGGAAACUGCUUACUUUUGGCAAGUGACUUUUUGAGUUUCCAUGGUAUUUCUUUAGUAAUUUAUUAGCAAGCUGGUAUGAGAUAAAGGGUUGCUUUACUGAAUUCUUUCCCCUAGCCUUUCCAAACUUGAAUGUAUCAUUCUUUUUUUUUUUUUUUUUUUUUUUUUUUCUUUUUUUUUUGGUUUUUCGAGACAGGGUUUCUCUGUGUAGCUUUGCGCCUCUCCUGGAACUCACUUGGUAGCCCAGGCUGACCUCGAACUCACAGAGAUCCGCCUGGCUCUGCCUCCCGAGUGCUGGGAUUAAAGGCGUGCGCCACCACCGCCCGGCGAAUGUAUCAUUCUUAAUGACACUUUGCUGUACUUCUAGGGGUUGCCUCAGCAGCUCUCUUUACUGUGGCCGAUGUGCCAACAUGUGUGUGAUUGGGUCCAGAAGUUUGUAUGUACCCAUUUGAUAAAGAAAAAAAUCUCCAGAGCUGGCUGAAAAUUCAAAUUUCAGCCAAAGCUUUGGGCUAAGGGAAAGAUACAAGAAAAUGUGCAAAGCAGUAUUGUUCAUAUUGGAUGGACACAAAGUAAAGAGUUAAGCUGCACACAGUAUUAGCUUGAAAUAGUACUGUCUCCUAGGGCCUGCUCUUUAGGCCAGAUCAGGUCAUGGGACCCCAUAGAUUAUGUACUUGGACCAUUGGUGGGAAGUUGCUGAGAUAAAAGACUAGUCCAAAAACGAAUGAAGCAAAAGACCUGUAUAUUGGAAUGUAUGGUUUGCUAUAUUUCAAGUGGGGUCUUCAGUGCAGCAGGUAGACCCAGUUAUACAGUUACAUAAGGAACAGAAAGAAAACUACUGUUACAAAGUGCCCCCACCCCCCACUUUCUUUAGACUUCUUAUUCUCCCGUGUAUGUUAGGAUGGCUAGUGAUGACCUGAACAACUUGGUAACUGACAAAGGUCUUAUUUGGAGGACUCAAGCAGUAUUUGGCUUAAAUACUUGAAAGGACAAAAUUAUCAAAAUAUGUCAAUUAGGGCUUUUUUAAGGACAUGUGACAUUGAUCCUCCCUUCUGGGUCACGUAGAGUGGAGGUUCUUGCCACUUCUCUUCAGAGGCCCAGGACUACAUGCUGGGGAUGGUUCUCCCCCCACCCCCCCUUUUUUUUUCUUAAAAAAAAAAGAAUGAUGCUUGAGCAUAGGAUGCCGAUGCUGAGAUGGUUUGAUUAGCUGAGUAAUCAAGUUCUGAUUCGAAUGUUGGAGUGGUGUGUUCUGUUUCUCUUGGAAACCCAGCCUGCUCUCGGAUACCUACUUCCAUCACUUAUCUUGAGCAUUGCCAAGAGAAGCCAUUCAACAGCUGCUGUUUUUCUCUCAGCACAAAUAUAUUUGCUGUAAAAGAAGUAUCUUCCCUCUGAUACUGAUCCCCAGUCCUCCGAAUCUGAUUAACUGCUCUUCCCUGCUGCACUGAGUUUUAAAGAGGGAAUUUGAAGCAAUAGGUCAACGGGGCUUGAUUGAGUUGGUCUCAUAUGUAUCCUGCCGUAAGCUCCUGUGACCCUCCCCCUUUGUGGACCCCUCUUGGUUUAUGACAGCAUAUGUCUCCUGAGGUUGUACACACUUGACAAAAGUUAAUACUUUUGUAUUCUCUGCACUGUUGCACUCUUCCAGUAGCCCCUUGAAGAUUAACUUGAUAUACACAUUUUUGUCUUGGAUGUCUACAGUACUUUUUGUUUUUGUUGGUGUUUUUAAUUUGAAGGUUAUCUGCUGUUGGAUUCAAUAAAUUUGUUUACCUGA